AUAAUAAUCUGUAAGGUAACUAACAAGGCAAAUUUGGGAAUAAAUGAAUCCUGCUUCUUUUCCCUUUUUGUAAAUCUGAAUUUAAAAAAAUAAAUAAAAUCUUUUAAAUUUUUAAGAAAAAAAUCUCAUGUUUAUUGAUUUCUUUUUCAACCUUAAGAAAUAUACAUAGCCCCGCAUUGUCUUGUAGAAAUGCUGUGAUGCGGAUUAUUAGAUGUAACCCCAACCUAUACAGUGACGUCAAAUGUUUAUAUUGUUAUAUUGUUAUAAAUGUUAUUAUAGAAAAAUAAAGCCAUAUGAGUAUUUUGCGUUUGUGUUUCACGUUUUUAAAAUCGGCAUAGGGUCACAAAUAAAUCUUCUCUCGCCAAAUGUUGAACUGAAAACAACAAUUUUAGUCUGAGGUGCACAUGUUUUAGUUUGUCAGUCAGUUAGUAUUUCUUCAAGCGGAGAAAAAAAAAGACAAUACACGGACUUUGGCAGAUGUGGUAGAUGCUGGUACAGCCGGGAAAAAAAGGCAAAAUAAAAAAGAAUGUAAUUAGUAUAGUUGUAAUUUGAGGUCCACGAGUUGUUUCAGCGUUCAACUUUCUUAAAUACCGUGGUGGUUAAAAUGUGUUUUGGUGAGCAGCAAUAGUAGCCUGCUUACGUGUCCUAUAAAGUAGCUCGUAAAAUAAGGUUUCCAAAAACAUACUGCACCGUUUUGGAUAACCAAGAAUGUGUUUUAACAGCAGCAGGAGGGUAACAUAGUGUAAAAUAUUCUUUUAUUCACUCAUUCAUAUUUUCCGUCUCACAGAUAACAGAUCAAACUCAUAUCUUUAUAAUUCUUAGCUUUAAAACUAGAGGUUGUUAUAGGAGAGCGGGUGAGUAUUUAAUGACCAAAGGGAUUGAUUUAUCCUUUAUUGUUCAGCCUUUAUGAUCACGUGUGUCUGCUAUCCAAUGGCAUGGCAGCCUGACUCUCCAUUACAAGCCCACUGUAGUUCUCUGUGGGGCCAAGUUGCUACUUGAUUUCUCCACAUUGUUAUUUUGUGAGGCUGGGUUUACUGCGUGUGUGUGUGUAUGUGUGGCGUGUGUGUGCGCGUUUUACUUUUGCAUGUAUCUGUUUGUAUGACUGGGUACAUGUGAACGUCUAAUUUUUCUGCCAUGUCGACAUCCGGAACACUGACUAGUUACUACGUCGAUUCCCUCAUUCUGCCCGAGAGCGAGGAGCUCUCUGUGCCGAGAUAUCCCUCCGGUCCUGGGCUCCAGCACGCCAGACAGUCCGCCUCCAUCAGUGACCACAGCGAGCUCGGGACCUGCACCUUCCCUUCCAAACCUCCGGUAUUUGGGCCGUCAUGGAGCCACGUUCCUGCUCAGUUCCCAGGCACCGUCUCCUCCGUGUAUCAUCACCACUAUGGGCAUCCCCAAGGUCCGGUGGGUGCAGAUACAGAUGGCCGCUAUCAAUCGUGGCUACUGGAGCCCAUGUCCGGUUCUCUACCCAUGGCCGGAUUACCGACGACCCAUCACUACGGAAUCAAACCGGAGGGUCUGGGGACGCGAGCUGACGGCGCUCUGCCUGGCUCCCACACAGCUCUGCUGCUCUCUGAUUACGCCAACGGGACGGUGGCGACGGCAUCACCGGUGGAAAAGGACGCACUGUCCAGCCAGCCAGGAGACCUGAGCGGGGAAACUGAGGAGAAACCGGGCCUUGAUCCAAAUAACCCAGUGUCCAACUGGCUCCACGCGAGUGCCACGAGAAAAAAACGCUGUCCGUACACGAAGCACCAGAUCCUGGAGCUGGAGAAAGAGUUCCUCUUUAACACCUACCUGACCAGGGACCGUAGGUACGAGGUGGCGAGGCUGUUAAACCUCACUGAGAGACAGGUUAAAAUCUGGUUCCAGAACCGCAGGAUGAAGAUGAAGAAGUUUAAUAAAGACGGCGCACCGAAAGACGAGUGACUGAGCCGUAGAUAUACAGUAUUUAGGCUGUUAGCGAGCUUUGUGUGUGGAAGCUCUUAACCCUGCUGGACCUUGUUUUUAAACUUCCUUGUCUUAUUGUUCUAUAUAACAGAAGCUAUUAGGCUUAUUUGUCUUGUAUAAAAAAGCAUGUUGGGCUUCAGUUUGAUGCGACUACCUUUAUAUUGCACAAUUUUAACAGUGCCCACUCGUUUUUUUAAAUUAGUUUUUUUUUUUUUCUUAUGUUGAUUCAAAAUAAUACCUCGUUCUGUGUAUUAGUUGGCCUGGUCCCUGUGCUUGUUUGUGUAUGGAUGUUUCUAGCUGUGUGUGUUCUGGUUUGUAGCUCUAUUUGUUGUCUAUCUCAGAGUCACCUGAGCGUAUAGUUUGUAAAAUGUAUUAAUUUUUAUUGUUGUUUCUCCCUUACUGCUAGAACUAUGACUGAUGACCAUGAGUUUGAAUCUAACAUUGGAACCGUAGCAAACAGACUGCUCGCAUUUUGAAGUAGGUGCAUACACCUCACAAACCUCUUGAAAAUGCAAAAAGUACAAAAUUAAAAAUAUGUUAUAGAAGCUAUAUUACAUAACACGAUUGACUACCUAUGUCUUUCAACUACCUACAAUAACCUAUUUUUUUCCUCGAUGGCGGAUUAUAGUAGAUUUGCUUGCAUUAGAUGCUGAACUAUGAAUUUCAGGGAGUAACAUUUUGAAAGUACAUAAUGUUUGUUAGUGAGAGAAAAUUAAAUAAAAACACUGUAGGCUACUUAUUGAAUACCUCACGGUCUGAUGACCGUCUGACCUUUGGUUCACAAAUGUAAUUUGUACUUUAUUUAUUAAAUAAAACAAAUUAUAUCUGCGAAUGCAUGCACGUAACGUUCUUAUUUCAUUCUGGCCUCACAUCGAAGUAAAUCAUUCUGUUUUUAGAAUAUCUUAAUUCACCAAAUCUUGCUGCACAAAAACUCUUUAUUGGUGUUUCUUUGCGCUGGAAAAAAAACAAUUGUGAAGGUUAUUGCUGUCAACCAGCUCUGAACACACACACACACACACACACACACACACACACACAGAUAUAGAGAAAAAAAAAACAAAGAUAUUUGAAUACUUGUGCUAGUAAAAGUCAACAAAUUGUAGUUCAUGUAUUUCAAUUUAAAGACAACACACCCCAAUUAAAGCGCACACGUUUAAGUGAAAAUCUGUGUGUGUGUUUCUGGAUUGGGGACAGAGCUGCGUCUUGGCAGAGGAUGUUGUUAGCUGUAUACAGCCAUAAAAGACAAUUACCGCUAUAACCUUUUAUGGGGUGCAAAGCGCUGCGAGGCGAGAGGACACAAAACAAAAAAAAAAAA